UCCUUCUUUCUACCCUCUGCCUCUCGUUUACGCACCGCACAAAUACACACUCGCACACACCACCUUACUCUCUCUCUCUCUCUCUCUGUUUCUUCUUCUUCUUCUUCUUCUUUCUCUCUUUGUUUCUAUGUAGAUGUAUACAGAGUCAUAUAUCAUCAAUAUUUGCACGGAAGAUUAUUCGAAGUUUAAAACAGGGUUUCAUCCAUUUGAUGUGAGCUGAAGGGUCUCUCUCGCUACCUUUUAUCAACGGCAGAACAUCGCACCACCAUCAAGGGGGGGUUCCUUCUUCUUAUAGCACAAAGAAAGUCAUGGUAUUUAUAUUUGUGAGUCCAAUUGUUCGAAUGGGGAACGAUGAUGAUAUGGGUCCACCAUGGUUGAAACCAAUGCUCAGAGGCAGCUAUUUCAUUCCCUGUGCAGUUCAUGGGGAUUCCAAUAAAAGCGAAUGCAACCUCUUUUGCUUGGAUUGCAUGGGCAAUGCUCUCUGCUCUUACUGUUUGAUCCACCACAAAGAUCAUUCUGUCCUUCAGAUAAGGCGGUCGUCAUACCAUAAUGUGGUGAGGGUUAAUGAGAUUCAGAGGUACAUCGACAUUUCUUGCGUGCAGACGUACAUUAUCAAUAGCGCCAAGAUUGUGUUCUUGAAUGAGAGGCCACAGCCAAGGCCUGGAAAGGGAGUCACCAACACUUGUGAGAUUUGUGGUCGAAGCCUCCUUGACUCCUUCAGGUUCUGUUCUCUUGGUUGCAAGCUUGGAGGUAUGAAGCGGGGCGAUCCAGAGCUGACAUUCACCCUAAGGCUGAAGCACAAUCAAAAUCGGGAAGCAUUCCGUGGGUUUGAAUCAGAUGAGUCGUCAACCCCAACCAAGAUCCGCAAAAUGCAUGCUUUCAAUCGGUUGAUCGAAUGCCCUACAAUUUCGUCUAAUGAUGGCCACAAUGACGGUGGUGGUGGUGACAAGUCAUCAUACUCGAUUUCUGGAGACGAGGCUAUGAACUACAUCUAUCCGGCCACUCCACCAAUCUUUAACCAUCGGAAUUCCAGGAGGAGAAAGGGUGUCCCUCACCGUGCACCAUUUUGAUCAAACAAUCUGGAAUAUCUGGAUUCAGUAUACAAAAUCCUCAAAAAAUAGGGAAGUCAUAAACAAAGGUACAACAAGUACAGCAGGUUUGAUAUAAUGUUUGAUGCUUUUAGCUAUAGAAAUUAGUCACAAUGAAUACAUGUGAAAAAGAAGAAGGAAAAAAAUCCUAUAAAAAGAAAAUAUAGAUAAAUUAGAUAGAAGAACAAUGGACAAAAGUAAAAUGUGGGAAGGAAUGCUAGCUAGCUAGUGUUAAUAUCUUUUUCCAAAAUAGCUUGGGGCGUGGGGUUUUUUCUUAAUUAAUUAGUAGCUAGUUUUUACAAGAAAGGGUGGUUUCUUAAUCUUUUUCGUUUGGUAAAUUAUUAUUUUCUAUUUUGUACAGUUUUAGAGAUUAUAAUGGGAUGUAAAUGGGUGUAUGCAAGUAUAGAUUAGGAGUCCUCGAGCAAAAAUAAAAUCAAUCUAUAGCCCAAAAAAAAAAAAAAAAAAAAUGUACAGACCAUGAGUCAUGAGAUUGUACAGAUCAUGAGUCUGGAAAGCUAGCAUGCAAUAUUAAUGUAAUAGUAGUAGUUGCCGUAGUGACGUUAUUAUAUGUAAAGGAUUUGUAUAUUUGUUCAUAUAUAUUCAAUAUAUAGAUGGUGUUUGUAAA